CAUCGGAAGUCAGGACUUGCAACACCGCCAACAGCCCCAUCGGACACGCCGCCAUCUCGCUCUCCGCUCUUUGCCAUAAUGUUCACCGCCAGGGCAGUCGCUCAGACCGCGCGGUCCGCCGCUCCUCGCGCCGCAAUUGCGCCCCGCACCGUCCUGAGGAGCUACGCUCAAGCUGCUCCCGCUUCCACCAGGCCGCCCGUCGCCCUGUACGGCGUUGACGGCACCUACGCGAGCGCUCUGUACACCGCGUCCGCCAAGACCUCUAGCCUCGACGGCACCUCCAAGGCCCUCGACAGCCUCGCGGGUGUUUUCAAGAAGGACGCCAAGCUCGCUGAGGUCCUCGCCUCCCCCACUCUCAAGGCCGAGGACAAGAAGGCCGUUGUCGCCGAGCUCUCGAAGUAUGUUGGCGCCGACAAGGAGGGCAUCGUCAAGAACUUCCUCGAGACUCUCGCCGAGAACAACAGGCUCUCCGUCCUCGUUCCCGUCACCGAGAAGUUCGCUCAGCUCAUGAGCGCCUACCGCGGCGAGGUCGAGCUUACUAUUACCAGCGCUGCUCCCCUUGACAACAAGACCCUCAGCCGCCUGGAGAGCGCCAUCUCCAAGUCCCAGUACGCCGGCGAGGGCAAGAAGCUCAAGGUCGUUUCCAAGGUCAACCCCGACAUCCGCGGUGGUCUCGUUGUCGAGAUCGGCGACCGCACCAUUGACCUUUCCGUUUCCUCCAAGCUCGCCAAGAUGAACAAGCUCCUCCAGGACACUCUGUAAAUAUCUCGCUCCGAUGUCGCAGAUUUUUGAGGUAGAAGAUGAGAACCCCUGUAUGCUCUAGAUAGGCCCUGACCUAUCGACAAUACUUCACCCAAAAAUUUCCUUUCGUGCGCGUCUUCAUGCUUGUGCAGUCAUUUGCAGCCCGCAAUUGUACCAGCAGGAUAUCCGGUUCUUACCUAGCAUCCUCGCGACAGCGUCUCGUCGUUUGGAGACACGAAAGAACUGCUUGUCAUUGGUCAUUCAUGACUAGAAGCGCACAUUGCCGUUGCUAGCACCAAUUUAUCUUUGCGUGUUUCUCGACAAACAUUCAUGAAUCUCCUAAAUUCUGCUCCACUGUCUAAUUCCUGCAGUGUUCUUCCCUUUCAGUUGAACAGAACCACUCUUGGAAAUAUCAGUGCACGCAAGCGGCACCAGAAACUAGCAGCUAUAAGAAAUCUUAAGCAGCACAAAAACGAACAACACCAGCAUUGCUCCGUCU